UUAUAAUUAAAAAAACUCAUUACUGAUAACAUAAUUAAAGAUUACUUGAUAUAACUACAAUAGCUGCAUAAAAGAUUCUUAUCAUGGAUAAUUAUUGUUCACCCCAAUACGUAGAUUUUACAUCUAAUUUAGAAGAGCCAUCAGAUGAUUAUUUUAACAAAGAUCAUGGAAUUGAAAAAUCUAAAGAAUCCAUAGAAAUACCAAAAGUCGAAGUAAUAUUAUGUGAUGAAAAAGAAUGUUUGUCAGAAGAAAUUGUUGAAGAAACUAAGGAAUCUAUGAUUACCGAAAAAAUUACUGAUGAAAUUGCUGAAGAAAUUGUUGAAGAAAUUGUUAAAGAAACUACUGAAGUAAUUACCAAGGAAACUAAGGAAUCCAUGCAAUCGGAAUGUACACCAAAUGUUAAUACAAAAUUAGAAACGGAAUUAGAUAUUAUCAAGAAUACACCGAUAAAAGUAAUAUGUAGUUCUUCCUCUUCGACUCAGGGUAGUAGUAAAUGUAAACUUGUUAAAAAAGUAACAUACAACGAUGUCAUGCAAGAAGCUAGAGAAGCCUUACAAAAUUUUGUAAUAACACCAUCAAGCGUAUUCAAAAAGCCAAUGUCGAUAAAAUCUCAAGAUAAUAAUCAAGUUAACUGCCCAUCCAACAAACAAACAGAAAAAUUAUCUGAUGAAAAAAUAAAAAUAUUAUCAUCUUCUGAACGCGGAAUUUACAUGACACCGCAAAAAAAUUUGCCUAAUAUCGAUAUAUCGCCAAUAAAUUUAUUCAUGCUUGAUGAGCAUGAUCAAAAAUUAGAUUCUAAUAAUUCCCCAAAAUUAUUAAAUAUCGAUACGCCUUGCGAGAAAAAUCAAUCUAAGUUAUCGAUGGAAAGCAACAACAGUAAGAAACAGUCGAGAAGAUUAAGUUUUCAAUGUAGAAGACAGAGUCUUAAAAUUCGUAGAAAUUCAAAUAAAUAUAUCAGUUUAGCAGCAGCUGUUCUUACGUUUCAGAAUAAAACUCCGGAACGAUUUCAUACUAGAAGCAUAAAAGAACGAAAAGAAUCUAAGCUAGACGUGUCGAAAGAAAACCAAUUGAAAUUAAAAUCUGGUAAACACGUUUUCUCGGGCAACUCAUUCCAAAUACCUGUGAAUAAAAACAUUACAUCAAAAGAAUCUAAAAUAAUAACGCCAAAAUCUAGUUCCGCUAAUAAAGUAUCUCAGGAUAAAAAUGCUCUUUCCACAGUUGCAAAUUAUAAGUCGAGGAGAUCUUCUGUGAUUACUUCUAUAAAAACAGCAUCUAAAGAUAAAAAUACUCCUUCCAUGGUAGGAGAUGCUAAGUCAAGAAGAUCUUGUAUAGUUACUUCUACAAAAAAAGCAUCUAACGAUAAAAAUACUCUUUCUACGAUUGGAGAUACUAAGUCAAGAAGGUCUUGUAUAGUUACUUCUACAGAAAAAGCAUCUAAUAAUAAAAAUACUCCUUCCACGGUUGGAGACGCUAAGUCAAGAAGGUCUUGUAUAGUUACUUCUACAAAAAAAGUAUCUAAUGAUAAAAAUACUCCUUCCACGGUUGGAGACGCUAAGUCAAGAAGAUCUUGUUUAACUGUUUCUACAAAAAAGGUAUCUCAAAAUAAAAAUGUUUCUACAUUUGUAAACAGUAGCAGUUCAGAACUUGUCAUUAAGAAAGAAAAAAUCCUAUUCUUCGAUAUUCCCAUAGAUUCCAAACCAAGAAAAAUUACACGUCCUAUACCUUUCAGUUUUGAAAGUCGUGAUAAAUUGAAGGAACAGUUUAAAUUGAAACAAUCACAGCUUGAUAAAGGCGAUAACAAAACUAUUGAAAAUCAUCAGAAUAAAAAAGAUACAAGCAAGACAAAAUUAUAUUUACCAGCAUGUUCAUCGACUAGUAAGAAAAUCACGAACGUAAAUGUACAUGAAAAAAAAUUAUUAAAAUUAGAUGAAAACUCUACAAAACAAGAGGAUAGACAAUCUGAUAUCGAUGCUUCUAUGACAAGUGAGAUCAAUCUAGAUCAAAAAGGAAAUAUCAGACCAAAAAUUAUGAAAAUUGGAAUGAAUUCUUAUGAGAGAGGAAAACAAAGGCAAGAAUUUGAUGAAAAAAUUAAACAAAAACUUGCUAUGCAAGAGAAACAACGUGAACAAGAAAAAGCUGAACAAUUAGCCAAGGAAAAAUUACAAGUGGCUAUGCUUCGCAAGCAGACAAAGGUGAAAGCAAAACCAAUGCCAGUAUAUAAACCGCUCUGCCGUAUUAAAUCUACUAAACCUUUAACCGAACCACACAGUCCAGCUUGGGCGCAUAAGAAUAAAAAAGAAACUUCAUAACAUUCUUCGUUAAAGAGAGGAAAAAGUAUUAAUAUAUUAAGUAUUCCGUUUUAUUUGAAAUAUUCUAUGUAAAUAUGUUAAAGAAUAUACAUGUAGGAUAAAUAAUAUCUUAAAGUAUUAAUAUAAGGAAAUUACUCACACACAAAGGCUUUACAAUAUUAAUUAAAUAAAAGCAUAUUUUUUUAAAUACUUUUUUGACAUACUUAUCGUUAAAUAUUUAUAAUAUAAUAUUUUAGUAGCUUAUUAAUUAAAUAAUCUUUUGUGUAUGAAACUCAUUAAUACACGAUUACAAAUUCUAUUUUCAAAUAAAAAAGAAAAACAAAGUUUAUAUUUACAGCGUAUUAAAAACCUGGUCAUCUGCAUAACUUCGUAAUUACACAUAAAUUGGUGUACUAUAAAAUAUACGAAGUAUCAAAUAUAUUAUUAAAGUAAAAA